AGUUGCUCGGUGAGUGUCCCAGCGGCCAUCCGUGAGAGAGGGUCUGAUCUAUUGAGAAUUGGGGGUUUCCGGCCUUGGAAGUGGUGGAGCGGAGCCGAGACCUCUGGGUUGCUGGUCUGUGAGCCUGGCUUGGAAAACAUGGUUACCGAAGCUUCUCUCCUCAAGAGAUCUGAAUACAGUGUUAAAGAUAUCGCUGCAGAAAAGUUACUAGUUCCGCUAGGGAGCUUCUUGUGGCCAGGGACUGUGUCCGUCGAUGGGUACAAAGAAUGUGGACUGCAUGAUGCAUGUUUUAUUCAGGAAUACUGUGCCUGUCACUCAACGCAGUUUCACGAUUCCAGCUAAAUGACUUUUGUGCCAGUGAUACCGGAGUCCUACAGCCAUGUACUGGCAGAAUUUGAGUCUCUGGAUCCAUUACUUUCAGCCCUGAGGCUGGACUCCAGUCGUCUAAAGUGCACGAGCAUAGCUGUGUCUCGGAAAUGGCUGGCUUUGGGCAGUUCGGGAGGAGGACUCAAUCUCAUUCAGAAGGAAGGCUGGAAGCACAGGCUUUUUCUUUCACACAGGGAAGGUGCAAUUUCUCAGGUUGCCUGUUGUUUACAUGAUGAUGAUUAUGUUGCUGUAGCUACCAGUCAAGGUCUCGUAGUUAUUUGGGAAUUAAAUCAGGAGCGUCGUGGGAAACCAGAACGAAUUUAUGUGUCUUCAGAACACAAAGGCCGAAAAGUUACAGCUCUCUGUUGGGAUACAGCUAUUCUUAGAGUUUUUGUAGGUGAUCAUUUGGGGAAAGUUUCUGCCAUCAAACUCAACACUUCUAAACAAGUAAAGGCAGCUGCUGCUUUUGUGAUGUUUCCUGUUCAGACAAUAACAACAGUUGACUCCUGUGUUGUCCAGUUAGAUUAUUUGGAUGGAAGACUACUUAUAUCCUCACUUACUCGAUCCUUCUUGUGUGACACUGAGAGAGAAAAAUUUUGGAAAAUCGGAAGCAAGGAAAGAGAUGGAGAAUAUGGAGCUUGUUUCUUCCCUGGAAGAUGUUCUGCAGGCCAGCAACCCCUAAUAUAUUGUGCUCGCCCUGGCUCUAGGAUGUGGGAAGUGAACUUUGAUGGGGAAGUUAUAAGCACACAUCAGUUUAAGAAACUCCUCUCGUCACCACCUCUCCCUGUGAUUACUCUAAGAUCUGAACCUCAGUAUGAUCAUACAGUUGGAUCUUCCCAGUCUUUGUCUUUCCCCAAACUCUUGCACCUUAGUGAGCACUGUGUGGUGACGUGGACAGAAAGAGGAAUUUAUAUUUUCAUUCCUCAGAAUGUUCAAGUUCUUCUUUGGAGUGAAAUCAAAGAUAUUCAGGAUGUGGCCGUCUACAAGAAUGAGCUGUUCUGUUUGCACCUGAAUGGGAAAGUCUCACAUCUUUCUCUGUUAUCUGUGGAACGCUGUGUGGAGCGCCUGCUGAGGAGAGGCCUGUGGAACCUGGCGGCUUGCACCUGCUGUCUUUUCCAAAACUCUAUCAUUGCCAGCAGAGGAAGAAAAUCUUUGACUGUGGAUAAGUUGGAGCAUUUGAAAUCUCAGCUGGACCUCACAACCUAUAGUGAUCUGAUUUCUCAACUGGAAGAAUUGAUCUUAAAAUUCGAACCUUUGGAUUCAGCUUGCAGCAGUAGAAGAAGUUCCAUUUCAUCACAUGAAAGUUUCAGCAUCUUGGACUCCGGUAUUUAUCGUAUCAUUAGUAGUAGAAGAAGCAGUCAGUCAGAUGAAGACUCUUGUUCUCUUCACAGCCAAACUCUCUCAGAAGAUGAGAGACUCAAAGAAUUCACCUCACAUCAAGAAGAGGACCAACCGGAUCAGAGUUGGAGCUCACACGGGAAUGAAGACAGUGUUUCUCAUGUUCCUGUGACGUUUGAGACAGAUAAGAAUGAAACAUUCCUUCCCUUCAGCAUUCCAUUACCAUUUCGUUCUCCUUCUCCUCUUGUGUCUCUUCAGGCGGUCAAGGAAAGUGUCUCUAGCUUUGUACGUAAAACUACUGAGAAGAUUGGCACCCUUCAUACAGGCCCUGAUUUGAAAAUAAGACCAGAACCCAGGGGUGAUGAGCAGUUGUGUGAAGAGGAUAUGAGUCCAGUCACUUGCCCAAAAGAAGAAGACACUGAGGAGAAAAAAGAAGUAAUUAGUCAACCUCCAGAAGAGGACAAGUUCCAAGACCUCAAAGUAGCAACAGCAGAAGCAAUGACCAAGCUACAGGACCCACUGGUUUUGUUUGAACCCAAGUCUCUGAGAAUGGUUUUACAGGAGUGGCUUUCGCAGUUAGAAAAAACAUUUGCCAUGAAGGACUUUUCAGGCGUUUCAGAUACUGGUAACUCAUCCAUGGCAUCAAACCAGGAUGUGCUAUUGUUUGAUGAGUCAAAAAAGGGAGUAUUAGAUGAAGAUAAUGAAAAAGAAAAAAGAGACUCUUUAGGCAAUGAAGAAACUGUUGAUCAAAGAACAUGUGAAUCUACAAGUAGUCUGAGGGAGCCCUUGGAUGACCUUUUCCAAGUGUGUUCUCCAUGCAGCAUAGCUAACAGUCUUCAGAAGGAUCUGGCUGAAUUGGCAACGUUGUGUUUGGAAUUGAAUGUAUUGAAUUCUGAGACCAAAAGCACAAGUGGACAUGUGGACCACACUUUGCAACAGUACUCUCCUGAAAUUCUGGCUUGUCAGUUCAUAAAGAAGUACUUUUUUGUCCUGGACUUGAAAAGAGCAAAGGAGAGUAUCAAGCUUAGUUACGCUAAAAGUCCUUGUGUUUGGGAUACUUUUAUUGAAGGAUUGAAAGAAAUGGCAAGUUCCAGUCCUGCGUAUAUAGAGAUAAAGGAAGGAGACCUACCAACAAGAUUAAAGUUAGUGAAUGACUCAGUCCCCUUUGACAGUCCUUUGUUGAUUGCUUAUGCCGCCAGAUUGUAUGAAACGUUUGGAGAAUCUGCUCUUCGGUCCUUAAUCAGGUUUUACCCAUCUAUUUUGCCUUCGGAUGUCAUGCAACUUUGUCAUCAUCAUCCUGCUCAGUUUUUGGCCUAUUUAGACAGUCUGGUGAAAUCAAGGCCUGAAGAUCAACGGCCAUCUUUCCUUGAGUCCCUUCUACAACCAGAAUCUUUAAGAUUGGAUUGGCUGCUUUUAGCAGUGACCCACGAUGCUCCCCCAAGCACAAGUACUAUGGAUGAUGAAGGAAACCCCAGGCCCCAUUCACACUUGCUUUCCUGGGGUUACAAUCAGCUGCUGCUCCAUCUCAUUAAACUCCCUGCAGAUUUUACAACCAAAGAGAAAAUGGCUGACAUCUGUAGGUCUCAUGGUUUCUGGCCUGGGUAUCUUACUCUUUGUUUGGAGCUGGAGAGAAGAAGAGAGGCCUUCACCAACAUUGUGUGUCUUAACGAUAUGAGCCUGAUGGAAGGGGACAAUGGUUGGAUCCCAGAGACUGUGGAGGAAUGGAAGCUUCUCCUACAUCUCGUACAGAACGAGAGUACAAAGCCAGCCCCCCAGAAGUCACAGAAUGGGAACUUCAGUGAUGGGCCUUCUCCCAUCAAUGUGGAAAACGUGGCACUUCUGUUAGCUAAGGCCAUGGGCCCAGAUCAGGCCUGGUCAUUGCUACAGGAAUGUGGUUUGACCCUUGAGCUGUCACAGAGGUUUACUAGAACCUGCGAUAUCCUAAGGAUUGCGGAGAAAAGACAGAGAGCCUUGAUACAAAGCAUGCUUGAAAAAUGUGAUCGGUUUCUCUGGUCUCAGCAGGCCUAGUGGAAGAAGAUUCAUCACAAUGUCAUAAUAUUUUGAGAAAAACUGAGUCAUGCUCCUGAGCCUCCUGAACACAUUUGCUGUGGAAGGAAAGGUACCGCCUCAAAACCCUGCCACCUUCCUGGGAAUACUUUUGCCAGUGUCCAUAACUUCUGUAUCUGUGGCUCUGUGAACUCAGUGUUUGUCAACCAGGGUUGAAUUUUGAAAGGAAUCAGUCCUUGUUUGCUGAAUCGAAGUGUCCUGGAGUCAAAAUGUGAAAGUUCACAGCUGAAUUACAGUAUUAUUUUCCCCUUGCUAGUGAAUCGGGGGAAUUAUUUUCCUAUUGUGACUCUUCAUGUAGGAACAGAAGUUUCUCAUCCUGCUUGUAAUGAAAACAGAUAAAGUCAUUGACAGGAGUUGAAUUUUUUUUAUAUCUUACCUGGGAUAGUUGAGAAAUUUAUUGACAUAAGACUGGGCAUAACGGAAUUAACACAUAAAAUACGCGAAACACUGAAGAUUCAGAUUAGAUAUUUACAUGAAAUGGCCCCAUAUUUAAAUUGAGCUAAUUUAAAAUAGAUUUUUCUCCAAUAUUUGACAUUUUCUAAUCUGAACAUAUAUACAAAUGACUAAUUUAUUACCAGAAAUGUUUUAUCUCUAAUCUUUCCUAAACAGUGGUCCAAAGGAAUCAUGCACUUUUAAAAAUUAUUUUUUUUAAAGCCAUAAUAAAGGAAAGCUUAAGUACUAACAAA